UUUUCUAAAAAUGUUCUUAAGACACAAAUGCAGAUUCAGAUACCUUAUGAGAUAUUGUUAUAUGAUAUUGUUAGUUACAAUUAAAAAAAAAAUAUUUCAAGCAAAAUAUAUUAUCUAUAUUUAGCUGUAGUACCGUCUAGUUUAGAAGCCCACAUAAUGCUUUAACAUAAUUUUUAAUACUCGUUCAAGAAAAAAAAGAUGAAGUUGAGAAGUCAAUGGAGAUUCUCGAAGAUGCUCUGGUACACUGCAAAUUUGGCCGUUUCCACAUCAGACUUCUCCUUACCACAAUGGCUGCUAGCUGUGCUUCGAUGAUGGUAACCACAACCAGCUCUUAUAUUUUGCCUAAUGCUGAAUGUGACCUCAACAUGACCAUCAUAGAGAAAGGACUGUUGACUUCUAUGCCGUUUUGUGGUCAAGUAAGCGCAUCGUUAUUUGCUGGAUUUAUGACAGACGCAUUUGGUAGGAAAAUGUUCCUAAUUGGUGGUUUAUUAGGAAUAUUUGUGUCUUCAGUAAUCGAAGGUUCUAGUCAAAAUUUCUGGAUGUUAGCUGUGGGCAAACUGUUUGAAGGCGUUUGUUCAUGUUUCUGUUAUACAAUACCAUCGGUACUGUUAUCGGAACUGGUACACAAAAACGUUAGAAAUAGAGUAUUACUUCUAUUUGCAUCAUUUACUUCUAUAUCACUGAUAUUGAUAGCUUUGAUAUCAUGGGGUUUGUUGCCUUUGAACCUAAAGAUUACGCUAAUAGAAGGAUAUUUUGUGUUGCAUUCGUGGAAUAUAUACUUAUAUGUUUGUUCGUUAUGCAGCUUAAUAGCUGCAAUAUCAUAUUACUAUUUGCCAGAGAGUCCAAAAUAUUUACUUUCACAUGGUCAAGAAAACGAAGCAUUGGAAGUAUUGAAAGAUAUAUACAGCUCUAAUACAAGAGAGAAUAGAAACUCUUUUCCAGUGAGUUUUCAUUGCAUUAAAUCAAAAUAGAGUUCAUGUUUUUAAUUAGCGUUUGUUUUUGAACUAGGUUACCUGCAUUUCAGCAUGCAGUGCGACUUUUCUGAAAUUUUCCGAUGGUUGUUAAUUAAAAAGUAGCAUUUAAG